GAUUAAAAUUGGGGAGAUGAUGCUUUUAUUCUUUAGGAUUUCUGCCGGAAGUGUCGUCACUGUUGUUGCUGCUGAAUGAAAAUGUUUUCGCCUCGUGUUUGACAGGUGUUACACGUGAGCCUCUGAGUUUGGCCCCAGCUGUCAUUCAUAUCUUCCAGUUUAUAUCUCUGUGUCUAGUGAGGUGCAGCCUAUACAUCCUCAUACAACAUGUCCUCCCAGGAAGAAGGGGAUGCAGAGCCGGGCUCUUGCACAUCCGCCUCUUCCUCCUCUGAAAAUGAUGCCCCCAUUGGGGACGUCAUCACUGUCACCAUUGGAGCAACAGUGCCUACAGGGUUUGAGCAGACUGCUGCAGAAGAAGUCAAGGAGAAAAUUGGGGUUGAUGCAAUAAUCAGCAAAGAUCGUGGUCGCAUAUACUUUCCAAUAACGUCUGACAAGCUUUUCCAGGUCCAUCUUUUGAAGUCUGUAGACAACCUGUUUGUUGUGGUUGAGGAAUAUCAUGAUUACCCCUUCAAAGAAUCAAAGGAGGAGACAUUGCUGGAGCUGCAGGAGCUUGCCUCCAAUCUCCCCUGGACUAAUGCCUUACAGAUUUGGAAACUAAAUCGCACCUUCAAAAAGAAAAAAGGCUUCAGGAAAGGUGGAAAUGGAACCAAAGUAAAACCUACUAGUAGUGAGGCCACAGAUGUCGCAUCUGUGGCCUCACUACUAGUAGGUUGUAGUGUGGCUGAUGUUGAGCAGCAAGAACUGCCUCCGGCGGGGUCCGCUGCUGAAAGCCAGACGAAGGCAGAGGCCACUGCUAACACGGAGGACAGCACGCCGAACUCAGAGGAGGCAGAACCAAAGACCAAAGUCAUCAAGUUCCGUGUGACGUGCAACAGGGCCGGUGUCAUACACAGCUUUACCUCCAAUGAUGCAGCCAGAGACUUUGGUGGGGGCGUGCAAGAAUUCUUCCAGUGGAAAGCAGACAUGACAAAGUUUGACAUAGAGGUGUUACUGAACAUACACAAUGUAGAGGUGGUGAUCGGCAUCGCACUCACAGAAGAGAGUCUUCACAGGAGGAACAUCAGCCACUUCGGACCCACUACACUGCGCUCUACCUUAUGCUAUGGCAUGCUCAGGCUGUGUAGUCCUCAGGCGUCUGAUAUAAUCCUGGAUCCGAUGUGCGGGACAGGAGCUAUACCAUUGGAGGGGGCCAUUGAAUUCAACAAAUCUUUCUACAUUGCCGGUGACAACAAUGACAUGGCAGUUACCCGCACAGUCAAUAAUAUAUGUCACAUCCAGAAACGGAGGGCCGCUAAGGGCAGUGCACCUGGAAUGCCCAUUGACACAGUGCAAUGGGAUCUGUGCAACUUACCCAUGAGGACCGGCUCUGUUGACAUCAUCAUCACCGACAUGCCCUUUGGGAAGAGAAUGGGCUCUAGGAAGAAGAACUGGGACCUGUACCCCUCCUGUCUGAGAGAGAUGGCCCGUGUGAGCACCCCGGGGACAGGAAAGGCUGCCUUGUUGACACAGGACAAGAAAUGCUUUACCAAGGCUAUCUCGAGGAUGGGAGGACUGUGGAGGAGGCUGCACACUGUUUGGGUCAAUGUCGGGGGUUUACAUGCUGCCGUCUACCUCCUCAAGCGGACCACGGGCGUGUUUGGCCAAACUCCGGAGGAUGUCUAUGAAUCACGAGGAACGGUUAAAGCAGAGGGGGAAGAGAAGGGGGAUGAGAAGGGGGAUAAGGAGGGGGAUAAGGAGGGGGAUAAGGAGCUCUCCUAAUUCACAUCCUGCCUUGAAGUUCUGAGUUUACAUUUGAGGCCAUGUAGGUUCAGCAUUAUUUAUAAUUCCUUUACCGAUUUUACUUUGUUUCUUAAUACAGGUUCUCUUGUUAGUCUUGCCAAGCAGUUUUAGCAUAUCAUUUUUGUAUUUCUCCUUUGGUUUGAUGCGAUAAUAAGAUCACUGGAGAAAGAAAAGCUAUUUUCAUGUUCAGCAGCAGUUUAGUGGUCCCCAAACCUUUUGUUUGAGUGAAGCAGUUUAUUUGUCAUAUUGCUGUUCAGAAAGCUGCUAAAAGUUGUUUCACUGCACGCCUCAGACCCGCUGUGUCAACUUUACAGGGACUGCACAUUUUCAUAUUGGUCUGGUUAAUAAAGAUUCAAACAAA